AUGGCUACCUUUGCAAACCAAAGAAACAGCACAAAGACACUGACGACCAUUCUGCUUUUAUCAUUUCUGGGCCUGUGCAUCUUCUUCUUAUCCAUCUUUGAGCCUGAGCAGUUCUACGGUAUGGAGAUCGAUGUUCGUGUAAUCAAUGGCUUUAGGAACAACUCAUCCCUACCUCUGGUGAUUUGGUGUUCAUCGCAGGAUAGUGAUUUGGGCGGACGAGCCCUUCAAGAAGGUGACGACUUUGGAUGGAGAGUAAGGACCAACUUUUGGGGAACCACCCGAUACUUUUGCACGAUGAAAUGGGACUCGAAGAGGAAGAGUUUUGAUGCGUUUAAGGCUCCCGAGGAUAGCCAUCGAUGUAGCCUCUUCAAGAAAUGCUCAUGGUUGGUGAAAGAAGAUGGUUUCUAUUUCAGUAACGAUGAAGUUGUCUGGAAGAAAGACUUCUCCUGGGUAUGA